UGUCUCUGGCCCAAUGGUUGUUACACUGUGGAUAAAUACUUCAGUAGUCACCGGGUCAAGAAGAGAGCUAGUGGAAAUGGUACCCAGCUGGGACAUGGGAGGCCACAGGUCCAGUUCCCCUGUUCCUAUAAUUCUUGCAUUAUUUAUCCACAGUGGAACAGUUUCAACAGGGAAGGCUGAAGAAGCCCUAUCUAAAAAUAAGUCAGUACAUUGGUUUGAGCACUCAUUACGGCAACAGGAAACCUACCAGUCAGAUGGAGAAUCUGAACCUGGAUCUCCCAGGCAGUGGGGCUACAGCAGUAGUCCAGGCAGCACUAUGCAAACCCAGGCAAGAACGUGUAGCAAUAAAGCGAAUCAACUUAGAAAAAUGCCAGACCAGUAUGGAUGAAUUGCUUAAAGAAAUUCAAGCCAUGAGUCAAUGCAAUCAUCCCAAUAUAGUGACCUAUUACACAUCAUUUGUGGUUAAGGAUGAACUUUGGCUGGUUAUGAAGUUAUUAAGUGGAGGUUCAAUGCUGGAUAUAAUAAAGUAUAUUGUCAACAGAGGGGAACACAAGAAUGGUGUCCUUGAAGAAUCUAUAAUAGCAACAAUUCUUAAAGAAGUUUUGGAAGGCUUAGAUUAUCUACACAGGAAUGGGCAGAUUCACAGGGAUUUGAAAGCUGGCAAUAUCCUUUUGGGUGAAGAUGGUUCCGUACAAAUAGCAGAUUUUGGUGUUAGUGCAUUUUUAGCAACAGGAGGUGAUGUUACCCGUAACAAAGUAAGAAAAACCUUUGUAGGCACCCCAUGUUGGAUGGCACCUGAAGUAAUGGAACAGGUGAGAGGUUAUGACUUCAAGGCUGAUAUAUGGAGCUUUGGAAUAACUGCCAUUGAAUUAGCAACAGGAGCUGCACCUUACCACAAAUAUCCUCCUAUGAAAGUGUUAAUGCUGACAUUGCAAAAUGAUCCCCCCACUUUAGAGACUGGUGUUGAAGACAAAGAAAUGAUGAAAAAGUAUGGCAAAUCGUUUAGAAAACUAAUUUCACUGUGUCUUCAAAAAGACCCUUCCAAAAGGCCCACAGCAGCAGAACUUUUAAAAUGCAAAUUCUUCCAGAAAGCCAAGAAUAGAGAAUACCUUAUAGAAAAGCUUCUUACUAGAACACCUGAUAUAGCACAAAGAGCAAAAAAGGUUGAGCAGAAUCCUGGGAAAACAGGCAUGAUGUCAGGUUCUGAAAAAGAGCAAGAUGGCAACAGAAGGGUUAGACGAGUACCCGGCUCUAGUGGCCACCUUCAUAAGACUGAAGAUGGGGACUGGGAGUGGAGUGACGAUGAGAUGGAUGAAAAGAGUGAGGAAGGCAAAGCUGCCUUUUCUCAAGAAAAGUCAAGAAGAGUAAAAGAAGAGGAGAAUACAGAGAUAUCCAUGAAUGCCACUAAUAUCCCAGAACAGAUCCAGAAUCUAUCUAUACAGGAUCCUCAGUCGCUGCCUACUGUUAGUGAUGAAUAUACUGAAGUUCCACAUGCAGUGAAUCUUGUUCUAAGAUUGAGGAACUCCAGAAAGGAACUUAAUGACAUUCGAUUUGAGUUCACUCCAGGCAGAGACACGGCAGAUGGCGUUUCUCAAGAGCUGUUCUCUGCAGGCCUGGUUGAUGGCCACGAUGUAGUUAUAGUUGCUGCUAAUUUACAGAAGAUAGUAGAUGAUCCUAAGGCUUUGAAAACAUUGACUUUUAAAUUGGCUUCUGGCUGCGAUGGUACUGAGAUCCCAGAUGAAGUGAAACUGAUUGGGUUUGCUCAGCUAAGUGUCAGCUGAUGCCUGUCCCUCGACACCCCUCCCCACCCCCAGCAGAAUUGUGAGAUUGUGAGGAGGCCAGCUUAGAUGCAAAGAAAAUUAAAGCACCCACACUGAAUUCUGCUUCGUUCUCUAGCAAUUCACUAAGUCAGAGGAAGCAAAGCCCUCAGCUACACCGCUGCUGCUAACAUUCAAAAUGCUACUAAAUGUUUCUAAUCAAUUUGGAUUUCCCCUAUGUGACAAGCAUAUGGAAAUGCACUCAGGUGGCUGUAUUUAUUGGUUACAAAAGGAAUUUUCUAUCAAAUUUAUUUCAGCUUUCAUAAAAUUUCAGUGAUACUGUUUUAAUUAUCUACUUCUGAUUGGCAAUACCAUCUCUGUUCUGUUGUACUUAGAAAUGAACAUAAUUAUUAAAGUUAAAAUUCAUUAGCCAAACUUGAAUUCUAGUUUUAAAACUGACUGUGAAUUUUAUUUUUCAUAUAUUUAUGCAUUACAUAACCUAGCUAUAAGAAAAUGACUGAUAUGAUUAUGUGCUAUUUGCAGUUAAUCUCUUUUUGGGGGAAAAUAAGUUUCAGGUAUAUCUUGGAAGUAUUUGUAACUUCUAGUUUUUGAAAUGAUUUAAUUAUGAGUUUAGGAAGUGCUUGUUGGUUUGUGUGUCUAAAAACCAAUCCACAAUCUGAUUGUCAGGGGUGUGGGAGGUGCCUUGCAGACAUGGAUGUUUUCAGAAUGUGCCUGAGGCUGCUUAAAUCUAGAAUAGUCUCAGUUCUAGAAGCACCGUAUAUAUUUAUCUGAGUUACAAUGGGGUAUACUGUAACAAAGACUUUAGACAAGUUUGGCCUACACAGAGCUUUGUUGGGGAGUCUAAAACAAGAAUUGCUAUAAAAUAUUGCCAUUAAGCUAGACUGCUUACUGUGCCCAUCUCUGAUUUGGUUUAUCCUUAAGCGAUAUAAAUUAUUUUGUAAAGUUGAGAAAACUUGAACAGAAUCCAAGCGUUACUUGAAAUUCUGCAAAAUACCAAGGUGGAGUGAAAUAAUAGAAAAAGGGGUUUGUGCAAUGACUAAAAGAUAAAAUUUUGUAACAAAAGAAACACUUCUGACCCAAGUAAUCUUUAUGCUUAAUCUGUGACAUAGCUAUUAUGGAGCUAGUAAAUGUUAGAAUGAUUCUGAAAUUUGGAGCAUAUGUUCAAGGAGGUAUAUUCCUUGGAUGUUACCAUUUAAACUACUUCCUAGCUAAAACUAGAUAAAUGGCAGCUCUUUAAUGUACUGAAAAUGGCAAAUAUAUAUUAUUAAGAAAAAGUUAUUUAUAAUGCCUUGUCAUAAUUGUUGGGGUGUUCUAGAGCCAAUUGCAUAAAACUCAGUGUAAUUUCAUUCCAUUUUAUUGUUUACACAAUUAUUCAAAGAUGACUGCAAAGGUAAAAGGAAAAUAAAAGUGUU